UCCCGGGAAACUGAAUGUUUAAUCUAAUUUCAUAGCAGUGAAAUGCAAUGAAGCUCUUCUAAACCCGAUUUUCAACAAAACUUUCUAAACCCAGUUUUCAUCAAAUUUCACCGAUGAAAACAUAAAUUUUAUAUUUCAUCAGGUUUAUUCUUCUCAAAUCUUCCAUUCUCCUUCUCAAACACUGAAACCCUAACCUUCUCUGAAACGAAGUCUUCCCAAAUAUUCCCUUAAUCGAAAUCCCAAAUCUUCCUUUGAAACGAAAACCAUGUUCAGCAGCUAUGAUGACGAUGAAGAAGCCAAUCAAGAUCUGAGUCUCAGAAUCGUGGAAAAGGACCUACGAAACUGAGAGGCAAAGCUUGCACCUAACGACGUCAUUUUGAACGGUAUCGAUUAUUCUCUGGUUUCGCCAUCGCACCAAUCUGAAUUCAUGGUGAUGCAAAGCGACGGCGUUUUGGAUAUAGCUGCUUGGGAAGUGAUGGAAGAGAAGAAAUCGACGAAGUUGAUGAUGUUGAUGAUGGACUAUGGGGAUUCAAGUGUUACUAUAGUUGCAGAUCAAGAGGUGGAAAAGAUAAUUAAAACUUCAGAGAAUCAUGAGUCUGUGGAACUGGAAGCAAGUCCAGCUCAGAUAUGUGACAAUGUGCUUCUGCGAAAGCUGUUUGUGAAAAAAGGAGUAAAAAGUUUGCUGGCUGUACCAAUUAGGUGUGUAAGAGCUGAUCAAACCUCGUUAACAGUUCAAUUAUAUUACCUUCAUAAUGGGAGUGCAAGGCUUGGUUUCUAGAUACAAGGAAGAGAAUACAUGCUUCCAGUGGGUAUUCUUUUGAAGGCCCUCAUUGACACCAUUGACCGAGAAAUUUAGAUAAAUUUGACAAGUUGUUAUAAUGAAAAGUAUGAAAAGGGAAAAGGUGUUGUUGAUAAAUAUGCUUUCACUUGAUUAGAGUGUAUAAAGAGUGACAUCCAUCACUUUAUAUGUCAGUUUCAUAGGGAUAAGUUAAGCUAGUCUCAUAAGGAUGAGUUAACGCAGCAGCCCCUAGUUGUAAUUGCCACACCAAACACCACUGCGCUGUGGUUUUGAAUAGCGGCUGGAUUUUUUUUGGAGUUUAUGGUGGAUUUUUUACUUUUCACCGGUCUUCCAUUUGCCCUCGAGAGCACUGCAUUACUCAAUACUAUGGGUCAUGCUACCAUCUCAUUUUUACCUCAUUCUCUUAGUGUUAGUUAUGAGUACAAAAUGGAAUACUUUGUUCUCCCUUUCUUUGUACAAGGUUUUUGUUCUGCUUAAAGAGCUGUUUGUGUAAACUUUUACAUUUUCUUUUCUAACAAACAAUACACAGGAUUUAAAACUCGAGUCUUGUAUAUUUUGCUAAUUUCUUGCAUCUAUUG